GCAUAGUUUGUUAGGAGUUGCGGAAUGUUGGUUAUGGAGCACUAGCUGUUGGAUACAGCAUGCUGGGCCAAAAAAGCAAUGACAUUAUCCGAAGUUGAUUUGACUUGGAUGAGGAUCUAAGCCCAACUUUGAGAGUCCAGGGCCGGAACUCAGAUUCUCUUUAGUAAAGUCAGCAUCAUUGGAUAAUUAUCUUUGAUAAGAAAAUGAUCACUUAGAAACGAAAUGCUCAUGUUUUGCGCUGGCUGCAGAAGUGUAUUCCGUUAUCAACACCGGUAUAUUGCUAAUUGACAUUUGACCUGGGACGGGACCAAACAUGGCGGACUCGCGGAACGCUGGCGUCGUGUCUGCCUGUGGGUGUUUUUGGGCAUCAUUCUGACACCCCACACCUGCCUGGGCGUUGACUGGCACAUCGAGUGCCUUGUCAGCGCCCGAGCAUGCGCACUUCGAAGACGCAAUCGUCAGAUGAAGGCCUUGUCGGCAGUUGUGCAGUGACGUGCUUUACACGCGGCGAUGAAUAGGCAUCAAUUUUGCUUAAAUACCGGGCUCCGUUGGUGACGGGGCGUGACGUUCGUGGCGCUCGGAGAGAAAGGUGAGUUGACCAAAUGAUGCCUUUGAUGAACUGAGUGACAUGUUUUGUUUAACCUUUAUGCGUGGGGGGCUGGGAGUUAGCGCGCGACUGUGUAAGGGUUGUUUGUAUUAUGUACCGGCAACGUGCAUGUUUGUUUGGAAUGUUCAGAAUGUGUCUGUGUGGUCAGAGACUGAGUGGCGUGAAGGAAGUACAUUAGGGGGGGGGGGGAGGUCUUCUGAUUGGUAACAUUCUUUUAGGGGUCUUUUAUAUGUUGUUGCUGACACCAGGUCGAAAAGAAAUGGCCGUCUGGCCGUAACGCUCUUAACUGUUCCUGUUUCCCCUUAAUUUUGUUCAAGGACGAUGAGAGAUGCUUUUUGCUUUUGACAGUGGAGGGGCAUGCUUGCGUUAUCGUAUUUAUUUCUGAGCUUGAAUUUUUUUUCUUAUCGGUAAGGAAAGGUAUACUUUGGAUUUUGUGUACCUACGCAAAAAUCCACAAAAUACAAAAAUUGUAUACAUACCUGACAUGGUGUUGACCUAAACGCCAUAAUUCAAGCGGGCUAUGGUUCCGCGAUACCCGCCAUACCUAUAUGACGAUUCCUUAUCACAUCAUAGCUGCAUGAAAUGUGCGGACAAGUAGUCGAAGAGACAACCCCUUGAUGAGCGAUACCACGGCAGAAGUUUCAAGGGGAUCGUAAGAGCAGUGACGGAGCAUCGGUGCAGAACCGAUCAUAGUGUCACGAAUCAUUACACAAAUCAUGCCUAUUUCUAUGUAAAAUGUAUGCUGGCUUGAUAAUCGACAUCCCACAUUUUAUAAUCACCACUGAACAAGACGAUGCAGCUAUCAUGCUGCCAUUGACGCCAUCCCGUAUAGCUAAACGUUGCUCGGGUGGGUUUCAGAUGUAAAUGAGCGAUGAGGUGCUUAUGCAUUUUGCUUUCUAAUUUGUUUGCCAUUGGUUUCAUAUUUUAGCGCGUUUUACAAUUGGUUGCCCUAUGUUUGUGAAUUUCACGUAAAGAUCCCCAACUGUCUAUCUCACUUCAAAGCUUCAUACAAAUGUGGGACAAACACUUUAUGACAUUGCUCACCAUUAUCCCUCGACUGAUUGUGCUGUAAUCGAUGACUGAACUGCCGUUACCACCAGCCAGCCAGUAUUUGCUCUGACCAUGUGCUCUGACUGUGCAGCGGCGCAAGAUGCGGGUCACACCAUGCCUGCUGCUACUGGCGCUGCCGUGCGCCCUAGGCCGCAACAUCGGGGACGGCCUGGGGUUCAUGAACCCCGACCCGGCCCGGCCCGAGGAGGCAGUAGACAUCCAAAACACCCUUGAUGACAUGGAGCCAGUCACGGAGAGUCCCGAGGGCGAGGAAGUGGCCCGCCGCGGAGUUACUGAGGAUCCGGAGAUGGCCCGCUAUGCCCGCAUCCUGGAUCGGCUUGGGCUGUUCGAGCCAGACACUUUACAGGAGUACGCAGGACGGUCAGAAGACUCUGCAGUCGACCCUGGUGAGGAGACCUCAGACACCACGGACAAAGGUAGCAGCGAUUCCGAUGAAGAACCUUCGGAGGGGUCAGAUGAGGAGGAAAGAAAUUCGGAAGACAGCUCAGACGACAGCUCAGAGUCAUCGGACACCAGCGAAGAAUCUUCGGAAGGAUCAGAUGAGGAUAGUGAUUCGGAAGACAGCUCGGACGAAGAGUCUUCGGACUCCAGCGAAGAAUCUUCGGAGCGCUCAGACGAGGAGCGAAGCAAUCCUGAAAACCGCUCGAACAAAGAGACCAGCGACCUCACCAGCGAGAGCUCGACCGAUUCCGAGGGCGACCGUCUAGUGGCGAGCGGCACCGCCGCCCAGCACUUCAACGCAAUCGUCGCUCGCACGCGCCAAAACCUGCUUGAGGCCAACUUCCAGGGCGGGAAGCGACUCGCCAAUCAGCGCACCAUCAUCCCCAUGACGCUGAGCGACGGCUCGCGACGCGACCUCAACAUGAAGAUCACCAACGGAAAAGUCGACCGGCUGCACGAUCUGCGAAGUGACGGCACGCCCGUGCUGUGGCGCGGCCAGAACAGGCUGAGGGCCAGCUUCAGGCUGAGCCAGAUCCUGAGCCGCGCCAGCUACCGCAUCCGGGUCAGUGAGCGGUCAGGGAACGGCUCGAGCUUCGGGAGGUCGCCUGAGGGCUGAUGGGGUUCAUGCAAAACCGCCUGUCGGUACUGUCGCAUCACAUUGUUUGGUUACGGCGUUGCAUUAUGUUCAGGAGGAAUGGGGGGUUUAAUAAUGCAAAACGCUUUCUUGGAGAAAGCAAAAGAUGAAAGGCUGAAAGUGCAAUGCCGGACGGAAUAGUGUCUCUCGCUUAUCUGGAUAUUGUCUUGUAUAAUAGCAUACACAGUGUUGCUGAUGCAUGUUUCCAUAUCCGUCUUUCAAUACAUGCAGCAUGCAAUAUACGUAAAUGCUGUGCUCUGGGAAAG